AUGGCCUCCCAGAACCGCGACCCAGCCGCCACCAGCGUCACUGCAGCUGGUAAAGGAGCUGAGUUCAGCGGGGGCGCCGCCCACGGCCUGGUGGGCAAGAGGUUACAGCAGGAGCUGAUGACCGUCAUGAUGUCUGACCUGAGGUAUAAGCUCUCCCUAGAGUUCCCAAGUGGCUACCCAUACAAUGUGCCCACGGUGAAAUUCCCCACACCCUGCUACCAUCCCAACGUAGACACCCAUGGUAACAUCUGCCUGGACAUCCUAAAGGACAAGUGGUCUGCCCUAUAUGACGUCAGGACCAUUCUGCUCUCUAUCCAGAGCCUGCUAGGAGAACCCAACAUCGAUAGCCCAUUGAACACACAUGCUGCAGAGCUCUGGAAAAACCCCACAGCCUUUAAGAAGUACCUACAAGAAACCUAUGCAAAGCAGGUCUCCAGCCAAGAGCCCUGA